AUGGACAUCUACGCCACGGACGAGGAAGAAGCGAUUGCGUUAGCCAAUGACACGGAGUAUGGCCUCACAUCAGCCGUGUUUACGAGCAACCUGUUCAGUGGUCUGAGGGUGGCCAAUCAAAUCGAAUCCGGAGCUGUUCACAUCAACUCGAUGACAGUCCACGAUGAUCCCACCUUACCUCACGGCGGAUGGAAGAACAGUGGAUUUGGCCGCUUCGGCGGCACUGCUGGUUAUGACGAGUGGCUGCAAACCAAAACAAUCACCUGGGUGGAGUAA